AUGGCGACGGAAACCACCCUUCCCAUUCUCAUCGUCGGGGCUGGAAUCAGCGGCUUAUCGCUGGCUCAGUACCUACGAAAAUCUGGCAUACCUUUCCGGAUCUUCGAUCGAGAUGCAUCCAUCGAGUCUCGCACAGGAGGUUGGGGUCUCACUUUCCAUUGGGGUCUUCCAGCACUCAAGGAACUGUUGCCGGAUGAGUUGUAUGAACGCCUCGGGGAGUGCAACGUGAAUCCAAAUGCCCAGGAUGCGGGCAAGUAUAGAUUUCUGGAUCUCAAAACGGGCGAAUCGCUGCACGCUGCCACUUUUCCGAAAACAGGUCGCUUACGUGUUAUACGGUCCAAGCUCCGGACUCUGUUGGCCACUGGUGUUGAUAUUGAGUGGUCGAAACGAGCCGUUGAUAUUACCACCGGCCCAGACAGCGUCACUAUCUCAUUUGAGGAUGGCUCAACUGCAGAGGGCUGGCUUUUAGUGGCGAGCGAUGGUUCCAACUCUCGUAUUCGCAAAUACCUAUAUCCGUCGGCCUUUGAGAACAUUCCUGUGCCGGUACGUUUGCUUGGUGUAACAGUUUCUUACAGCCCUGAGCAAGUGGCCUCGGCUUUGGCCAUCGAUCCAUACUUUUUUCAGGGCACUCAUUCAGAUUCGAACAUCUACCUAUUCUUCAGCUUCUUGAACUCUCCAUAUAACACGGGAAACGAUACCGGCAAUUACAUUUGCCAGGUCAUUGUCUCUUGGGCCGAGAGUAAGGAUAUCAAGAUCCCGGAAAGCAACGUGGAGCGUAUUGCGUUAAUCAAAAAUAUUACAUCCGACUGGACGCCACAUUUACGAAGGUUGAUUGAAAUCAUUCCGGACGAUGCGGAAGCAACCGCAAUUCAUCUAGCCGAUUGGUUCCCAACUACGAAACGCGAGCUUGAACGUGUAGUCCUCAUGGGUGAUGCAGCUCAUACUAUGACCAUGUGUGAGUUAAUUAUCACUGGUUCCGGCGAUUUUCUCCUCGAGACUAAUCAAAAUCUUCUUCGUAUAGUUCGUGGCGAAGGUGGGAAUAACGCCGUUACUGAUGCGUGUGACUUCGCAAAAAGGGUUGGUCCCUUGAUAGAACAAAAAAAUCAGCAUCAGGAAGUCACUUGGGAAAAUUUCGACCAGGCUCUACAUGAGUAUGACCGGGAUGUACUGACGCGAGGUCAAACAUGCGUGACAAACGCUCGACAAGCUUGUCUUGAUGCUCAUGACUUUUCGUUGGUGACUGAGGAGAGCCCGUUAGUUUCACGUAGGAGUAAAUAG